GACACAUUGAAGCCGCUGGAGACCACUUACCUACUCCGUCAUCACUUCACAGAGAACGCACUAGGGAAGAAGGAUAAAGGAGAUAUCGAGUCCAGAUGCCUGUACUCUGCGUGAAGAUCGGUGAACGACCUUUGUCAUAAAGCUACAGGGUCCCUCAUUGACAUGGCCAUUUCACUUCUGUUUCAAAGAUUACGUUCGAACGUCUCUCACUGAAUUGUUUGAAACCAUUGGGCACUGCGACUUGCUGAGUUAUGAUUUCAAUAACCCCACGAGAAGCUUGCUUGAGGCUAUCAGAAGCAGUGUCAAAUAACCGGCCCAGACAUCCCGAGUCUCAGAGCACGUACGAAAGUGCCAUAAAGGCCCUGGACAGCGCAGCAACGGAGCUAGAGAGUGGUCAGCAUGGCCUACACCACGCCACCAGUCUACUUGCCCAAUACUUCGAAUGCACCACUCUGCGAUCAGAGCAUCACAAUCCCAUGCUAUGUACCCUCCUGGCGGAUACCAGCCGCGAGACGCCGUUCUGGCGACCACAUUUCGGACUGGCCUCAAAAUCACCUGCAGAAGUCAACGCAGAGCAGGCCAGUGGCCAAGUUCCCGCAGACUGCGUUCUUGAAGUCGCCAGGAGAAUCAUCACCAAACCAUGGGACGCAUCCCGAACGGAAGAAGUCAGAUCCGCUCUUCGCCUCAUUGCAAACUGCUGCGCGGACAACAACGUCAACCGCAGCGUCAUCAUCGAUCGAGGGGGCAUCGCGGCCAUGAUGACAAAUGCUAGCCAGGCUCGUGAAUGCGACAUUCUCCUUCCAACGUUGUACAACGUCUGCGUGGACUAUGAUGAACCCGCAGUUGACGAGGAAGGCAAGCCCUGGGGUUCACCAGAGCAGAUGAAGACAGGAAGCGACCAGGACUCAGGGCCGGUAGUAAACUUGGCAGAACAAAGGCUCGGGAUGUCAUGGGACCCCUCCCGCAACCUCAGCUCAGUCGAGGUCCUGCUCUGUACCAGACUAGCCGCACACACCUGCGUCGGCAUCCUCGCCGAUCUAGUUGAGAUGGCUAGUCGUGUCGCCCUCUACGGUCUGCACUACCUUAUUCCAACACUCAACGAUAAUGAUUCGACAGCUGCUCCAUCACAAUAUGCGCAAAAACCCUGCUCAAGCCUACUGCGUUCCGUGCUCACUGAAGGUUUAGAGAUCGCCAGCGAAGAUUCAGAAUGCAGUACAUCGAUUUGUCAGGCAAUACUAAACGUCCUCUCACAGCCGACCUGCUACAACGCCCUCAUCACGACCGACGACGCGCUCUGGGCACUCAUUCACAUCCCAUACGCAUGCGAAGAAGAUGACGAGGACGCCGCUGAAGCACUCGCACCGUAUAGGCAAGCCAUUCUCAAGGUCGUCUACACGUUGUCGGCAUUGGACUCUUACGCAGAACAUGUCACUCCUGACUCGAAACUAAUUCAUGACUGCAUUGACUCCUUAUCCAGAAAUUUCCAGCCCGAGAACCCUACUGCCUCUGCCUCAACCCCGUCAAAGGCUGGACUAUGGGCAAGCGUGUCCGUUCUAAUCGCCAACUGCUUAACCUCGACUGAUCGGGCCGUGCGUCUUUUGUCGUCAACGCAAAUAGCAUCAGUUCUCAGCAACUUGAUCAAGCAUGCAUCCGACAAGGAUAUUCUUCUUCCCGCUAUCGACAUAGCGAUGCGUCUAUCUCUCAGCCGCGAAGGCCAGGAUGCUCUUCAUGCGACGGACAUAAUACGGGUUGUAGGAAAGUUCUUGGCAACCACGAGCGAGGCCGACCCAGCGGGCAUGGACAUCCGGCGCGAGACUGUCACAUUGAUUCGCUUCAUCAUUAAAGGACGACCGGAGCAUCUCAGUGACCUCAACGUCAGCACUGGGAAUGACAACCAAGUCUCCCACGCCGACGAAGAUUCGGGAAUCAUGCCAGCAUUGAUGUCCCUAUUUCAGAGCACCAACGACGUUCGCACGAAAACCGAGAUAGGCCGGCUAUUUAUCGAAAUUCUCCGUACAUACUUCUCAGUUAGAUCAUCAUCUUCACCACACUCCACCACGAACGACAACCAGCACCAACAGAGCGGGAAUGAGGAUGCCCUACCGAACCUCUUCGAACCAUUCGACACGCUCAGCGCGCUCACAGCUGCCGAUGUCAUAGCAUUCAUCCUCACGCAACCUCAACCACAAGCACAAUCUCCCCCAUCACCAACAGACUCUGGAUCAACGCAAGCCGAGGCUGAAGCAUGGUUCGGUUUUGGUCUCCUCUCAACGCUUCCUGCCGCACGACCAGCGAUCAUGCGUGCAUUAUCGCGAAAUGAUCAUCGACUUCUCAGGAAAUUGCAAGAGACUGUGCAACAACGUCAAACCAAAAACACAGAGUCAAACACCGAAGAAAUGCACGCAAUAGAUAACUCCGAAAAGCUUGCCGAUAUGCCUCCUACCAGCAGGAGAGAGGCCAGUAAGGAUCCCAGGUACGAGAAUGUCAAGGUCCUCGUCGUGAACAUGCUCCAAACGCGAGGGACCGUGAAUGAGGGAGCUGAAGAAGGAAAUACCGUGCAAGCCGGACUCGAAGUGGCAGCAACGCAGAUGGACCUCGACAAGAUCAUGGUGCCUGAGUUAUCCUCCUGAUGAAGACGAUACCAUGUUCUCGCCGACCCGAGUGUCUGACGUAAAUCGCCUCUUGCACUUCGCUUGGAACCAUGAGCUCACAAUGGUCAUUCUAGCGCCCAAACAUCUUCGGCCCAACGCUUAAACGUGAUCUCUGUCCCAAGAUACGGAUACGGCGUCGAAAAAGACGUGGCAAUCUGCUCUGCAGCGUCCAUACUUCCAGACAUGGCCAUCUCGGUGGAUGCCGUAUGACUAGUACUGUCAACGCCCAGCGUACCAAGUCCAUAGAGAAAGUCUUGUGGAAGUAUGGUGCCAUUCGGGAGUAUGCGAGUAAUGUCUUUCACAGCACGCGAGAGAUUGUCCGACAUCGGUGGCAUGCUCGCUGUUUCAUAGAUUGCUUGUACCGGGCCUGAAGGUAUGGGGGUCGCCGAAGAUGUGUAGGCUAUACUCUGAAACCCGCUUGCUUGGGCGAGCGCCUGGGUUUGUACAGCCAUAGAACUAGCAUUCCGGGAGGCUGUUUUCUUCUUAGGAUGCUGUCGUAGAGGGCAAUUCUCGAUCUCAUGACUGUAUACAAUACAAUAGUCG